UACACAAUGUGCGACGACGACGUAGCGGCUUUGGUAGUAGACAAUGGGUCAGGGAUGUGUAAGGCAGGAUUUGCAGGAGAUGAUGCUCCGCGUGCUGUAUUCCCUUCCAUUGUUGGAAGACCUCGAUACCAGGGAAUCAUGGUUGGUAUGGGACAAAAGGAUAGUUACGUGGGAGAUGAGGCACAGAGCAAAAGAGGAGUUUUAACUGUUAAAUAUCCGAUCGAACACGGGAUAGUAACGAAUUGGGACGAUAUGGAAAAGAUAUGGCAUCACACGUUCUAUAACGAACUGAGAAUCGCUCCGGAAGAACAUCCCGUUCUUCUGACCGAAGCCCCCUUGAACCCUAAAGCGAAUCGGGAAAAGAUGACGCAGAUCAUGUUCGAAACUUUUAAUUCCCCGGCGAUGUACGUCGCUAUACAAGCUGUUCUGUCGCUUUAUGCCUCCGGACGAACCACUGGUAUCGUCUUAGACAGCGGUGACGGAGUUUCGCAUACGGUACCAAUUUACGAGGGAUACGCUUUGCCGCACGCAAUAUUGCGUAUGGAUCUAGCGGGACGCGAUCUGACAGAUUAUCUAAUGAAGAUUUUAACCGAGAGAGGAUAUUCGUUUACCACGACCGCGGAGCGUGAAAUCGUUCGGGACAUUAAGGAAAAACUGUGUUACGUCGCGCUGGACUUUCAGCAGGAGAUGGCAACAGCCGCUGGCUCGAGCGCCUUGGAAAAGAGCUAUGAAUUACCGGACGGUCAGGUGAUCACCAUCGGUAACGAACGUUUCCGAUGCCCGGAAGCGAUGUUCCAGCCGAGCUUCCUCGGCAUGGAAUCCUGCGGGAUACACGAGACGACCUACAAUUCGAUCAUGAAGUGCGACGUCGACAUACGCAAGGAUUUAUACGCGAAUUCGGUUCUGUCGGGCGGCACCACUAUGUAUCCGGGGAUCGCAGACAGGAUGCAGAAGGAAAUAACGGCACUGGCCCCGUCCACGAUGAAGAUCAAGAUAAUCGCUCCGCCGGAGAGGAAGUACUCGGUCUGGAUCGGUGGCUCGAUCUUGGCCAGCUUGAGUACCUUCCAGCAGAUGUGGAUCUCGAAGCAAGAGUACGACGAAUCGGGCCCCUCCAUUGUUCACAGAAAGUGCUUCUAAUCUUUAUUGUCCGUUCCUUUCGAAAUUAAAAAAGAACUUAUUCGAUAUCCUCCAUUUUAAGGUAGUAGUCGUUCUACAAUGGGAUCUAAAAACUAGCUAUCAGUCUAUCUCGCUUAUCAUAACGCUUCCUAUCAUAUUUUAGACAUCGAUAAAUAAUAGCGACACAAAGAUAUCGUUAUUUAAAAAGGAUCGUAAGAAAGUGAAUGACUACUACCUUAAAACGAAUUCUCGCUUUGUACAUGUUCCAAAUUCUACGCGUCACCUAUUUAUUGUUCUAACUUCCACUGUUACCGUAGGAAGCAUUCUUGUUCAACUAGUUUUGUACGAAAUAAUUUUAUUCAUUUGACAUUUCUUAUUUCUAAAUUAUAAUUUCUAUUUGGCACAGGUCGUUUCGUAAGUUCCUUCAUAGAUCUUAUAUUUUCUGCAUGUCCUUCGAUUAAUUAGAUACCUUUUAUUACUGAUACAUAGUAUCGAAAUACGUAAUAAAUAUCCCUCUAAUAGCUGAAAUAUUUGACCGAGCUUACGUUAUAUAUAUAU